CUCCUCCCUCUUUUUCCCUCUCUCCCCCUUUGCUGUAAUCGGUAUCUAAGGAUUAGCGACGCAGGGAGGCUGUACUGGAGGACUAUAGGAUUGGAACUGGGAUUGACAAACUCAGGAAAGACUGCCUUAUUACUGCACCGUGUGACACGCAAACUGGACUGUAAAGAAACUGUGUUUUUUUUCUAUUAGAUUUGGAGCUAUAACCACAUCUGGAGUCAGACUCAAACCUUGACUGAAUAUUUUUGGCUGCGUUGGUUCUUCUGGACAUUGAAAGCGAUGGUGAAGUCAUUCAGAAGUCUUCUCUGAAAUGUGUAUAUGUGGAUGUGUGAGUCGUCACGUCUUCCUGUGCAAACCAAUGAAAGCAGGAAACCUAAGUAGAACAUACGUGCCUGAUGACCUCAGUCCAGAGGAGCGACAGGAGCUGGAGAGCAUCCGCCGCAGAAAACAAGAGCUUCUGCAGGACAUAAAAAGGCUGAAGGAUGAGAUAGCAGAGGUGACCAAUGAGAUUGAACACCUGGGCUUGACUGAAGAGAGGAAAAGUAUGCAGAGAAAUAAACAGAUGGCAAUGGGCCGAAAGAAGUUUAACAUGGACCCUACAAAGGGGAUUCGCUUCUUGAUUGACAGCUCACUGCUGAAAAACACCAGCGAAGAAAUUGCCCAGUUUCUCUACAAAGGAGAGGGGCUUAAUAAGACAGCCAUUGGCGACUACCUUGGGGAGAGAGAUGACUUCAACAUCAAAGUUCUGCACGCCUUCCUUGAGUUACACGAGUUUACAGACCUGAACCUUGUUCAGGCUCUCCGGCAGUUUCUGUGGAGCUUCAGGCUUCCUGGCGAGGCUCAGAAGAUCGACCGUAUGAUGGAGGCGUUCGCCCAGCGAUACUGUCACUGUAACCGGGGAGUGUUUCAGAGCACAGAUACAUGUUACGUUUUGUCGUUUGCUGUGAUCAUGUUAAACACAAGUCUGCACAACCCGAAUGUGAAGGACAAACCUUCAGUUCAGAGAUUCACUGCGAUGAACAGAGGGAUCAAUGAUGGAGGAGACCUGCCGGAGGACCUGCUCCGAAAUCUGUACGACAGCAUCAAGAACGAACCCUUUAAGAUCCCGGAGGAUGAUGGGAACGACCUCACACACACCUUCUUCAACCCUGACAGAGAAGGCUGGCUGUUAAAACUUGGAGGUGGACGAGUGAAGACCUGGAAGAGACGCUGGUUUAUUCUCACAGAUAACUGCCUGUACUACUUUGAAUACACCACUGAUAAGGAACCCAGGGGAAUCAUUCCACUGGAAAAUCUGAGUAUCAGAGAAGUUGAAGACUCCAAGAAACCAAACUGCUUUGAGCUCUUCAUCCCCAACCACAAAGAUCAGGUGAUUAAGGCCUGUAAGACCGAGGCAGACGGCCGUGUCGUGGAGGGGAACCACACGUUUUACAGAAUCUCUGCUCCAACUGCUGAGGAGAAAGAUGAGUGGAUCAAGAGCAUCAAGGCUGCUAUUAGCAAAGACCCGUUUUAUGAGAUGCUAGCCGCUCGAAAGAAGAAGGUCUCCACCCUCAAGGGGCUGUAGAGGAUAAAACAUGCAGAGAACCAGCACAGUCCUGCUGAAGAUGGACCUGAUUGAAGCUGCAGAGGCACUUGGACCUUCUCUGUAAGAGGAGCUCAUACAGAGGCUCCUCUUUUGUUACCUUCUGAACAGAUAUACUUUCAGCACUGACAACCUCUGACAUCAGAUUGGUGCAGAUUAAACCAGUGCCAGACCUCUGUUUCCUCAAACAUCAGAUUUAGAAAGCCUUGCCUCUGCAGAAUUGUGACCGUGUGUCCUCUGGAUAGGACUCCCACUCUUCUGUUAAUCUAUUGCAAUGACUGUUAAAAUGAGUCCAAUUGGCCAGAGAGCCUUUUGACAUGUGGGAUUUGGUCUGGUUUGGCUACACAAAACAUUCCUCCAGGAGAGAAAUGUGAAUCUGAAUUAAGCUUCAAAAUAUUGGAUUCUCACAGAUUAAAAAUGACAUAAUUUUGUGGUGAUUUAGAUAUUAGUAAAACUGGAAACCUUUAACUGAUCAGGCUUGUACAGUUAAACACCUGAUGAAGCCAUCAACAGAGGAAUCUCACCAUCAGAUACUGUCCUCAGUUUAACCUAAAGGCUCUUUAAAGCCUGCCUUCGUACUGCUGUCGGUCUUGUCAGUGCACAGCUGAAAUGAAGGUAACAGAAAUUGCUUAAUAUUUAUUCAUCAAGAUUCUUGUAAUUUAUUGUUUUUGUUUUUUUUGUCUGAUUAAAAGUUUGCAAACCA